AUGAAGAACAAUCUUAGCAAUAGCACUAAGCUGAUUCUUCUGCAUCCAUACAUCCAAAAACAAGGAGGGUCCAACCGUCUAUGGCUUCUGGCUUUUGUUUCAUUUCUGACUUUGGCUUUUCUUCUUACACUGAUUUACACCAGAGAAUCCAUCACCACCACCGCUGUCGGCGGCGGUGUCUCCACCUCGGCUACCACCGGAGCAAACAAUCCGUCACUUUCGAAGGCUGUGGUAAGAGCUCUAGUCCACUACGCUUCCAACUCAAACAACACUGAGCAUAUGUCGUACACGGAUAUCAAACAAAUCUCCGACAUUCUCCGGCAGUGUUCACACCCCUGUAAUUUCCUGGUUUUCGGUUUGACCCAUGAAACCCUUCUUUGGAAAGCCCUAAACCCUAAUGGCAGAACCGUUUUCAUCGAUGAAAAUCGGUAUUACGCUGCAUACAUCGAGGAAAAGUAUCCAGAAAUUGAAGCCUACGACGUGCAGUACUCAACCAAAAUAAGCGAAGUGAAAGAGCUAAUUUCAUCAGUUAAAGAACAGGUGCAGAAUGAGUGCAGGCCAGUGCAAAAUCUUCUGUUUUCAGAAUGCAAGCUGGGAUUGAAUGAUCUUCCGAACCAGUUAUAUGAGGUGGAUUGGAAUAUCAUAUUGGUGGACGGCCCACGUGGGUAUUGGCCCGAAGCGCCUGGUCGGAUGGCUGCCAUUUUCACCGCCGGCGUACUUGCCCGGAGCAAAAAGGCCGGAGCCAGUCCUAAAACACAUAUUUUCGUGCAUGAUUUCAAUAUGAAGGUGGAUAGAAUUACAAGUGAUGAAUUUUUGUGCAAAGAAAAUUUGGUGAAAUCUAAAGACAUGCUUGGGCAUUUCAUCCUGGAUAGAAUGGAUAGUAGCAGUACUCAGUUCUGUCGCAGCCAUUCAUCAUCGUCUUCAUCAGCUUAA